CUUUAUUGACUCCUUAAGUGUUGAGUCAUUCCUGAAAAGUCCUUCUAUAUAUUCCCCUUAUACUCUACACAACUUCCUCCUCGGAUCCCAUCUUAUCCAUCUCUUCCAACUGUGAAUCAUCUCGGAAUGUCUUGCGGUCUCAAGCUAGCCGCCGCUCGUUCCGGCACAUUAAGCAACCAUUCCUUGCGGCAGAGAAUCCCACUCAAUGCUGUGCGCCAAUACUCUCAGACUACAAAUGCUACGGCCCCUCCCACUUCGCCGUUCGCACCUCGCCAUUUCCUUUCUAUCGCUGAUCUGACGGCGACCGAGUUCGCAACUCUCGUUCGCAAUGCAUCCUCACACAAACGUACUAUCAAGUCUGGGUCUAUUCCUCAAAACCUACUCGGCUCUCUGACCGGGCAAACGGUGGCGAUGCUGUUCAGUAAACGCAGUACCAGGACUAGGAUAUCUACGGAGGGGGCUGUGGCACGAUUAGGAGGACAGCCGAUGUUUCUGGGCAAGGACGAUAUUCAACUCGGAGUCAAUGAGUCAUUAUAUGACUCUGCAGUUGUGAUUUCCUCCAUGGUCUCUUGUAUUGUUGCCCGCGUUGGCAAGCACGCUGAGGUUGCAGACCUCGCAAAGCACUCAACGGUGCCUGUUAUCAAUGCUCUCUGUGACUCUUUCCACCCACUCCAGGCUGUUGCCGAUUUCCAAACUAUCUACGAAACGUUUACACCCAAGGCUCAUCGCUCUGACAGCUUAGGUCUCGAGGGCCUCAAGAUUGCCUGGGUUGGCGAUGCCAACAACGUCCUGUUUGACAUGGCGAUCGCUGCCACUAAGCUGGGUAUUGACAUCGCCGUCGCAACACCCAAGGGCUAUGAGAUCCCCGCCCCGAUGUUGGAGUUCAUCAAGCAGGCCAGCAAUGGUGUCUCGAGGCCAGGAAAGAUCAUUGAGACCAAUGUUCCUCAAGAGGCGGUUAAGGGGGCAGAUAUCUUGGUCACUGAUACCUGGAUUUCCAUGGGACAGGAAGCAGAGUCGAUCAAGCGGUUGAAGGACUUCGAGGGCUUCCAGAUCACCUCAGAGCUUGCCAAGCGUGGGGGUGCAAAGGAGGGCUGGAAGUUCAUGCACUGCUUGCCUCGUCACCCCGAGGAGGUCAGUGAUGAAGUCUUUUACAGCCCCCGAUCCUUGGUUUUCCCUGAGGCGGAGAAUCGGUUGUGGGCUGCCAUUUCUGCCUUGGAAGGCUUUGUUGUCAACAAAGGAAAGAUUGAGUAAACAUGCUCACGUAGUAAGUGUAGAACAGCACAAAGUCCAGAAUAUAUACGAAUGUACGCGGGAACAUUGCCAAGUAACUUCCGUAGUGGAUAGGGGGAUCGAUGUAACAAAGAUAUUCGAAUCGAUUGCAAUACCACGUCUAAGAGAAAGAAGACAAUGAAAGAGAGUAGAGGGGAAAGAACGAAAAGAGCAGAAGCCGUUGGUGCCCGCAUUCACAUGUCACGGGCGGAGUUGCCGAUAAAACAUGGCCAACCCUUCAAAUCUC